AUGACGAAGUGUAAAUGUGGAUGUCAUGAAGGAAAACAAUGCACGUGUAAGGAAUGUCCCGAUAAAUCAGUUGGGAAAUCGAAAUGUGUGGGAUCAUGCCAUGGUGGCAGUACUGGUACCCAUCAAGAGAAAGACCAUGAGGAUGCCAUGAUGGGCAAAUGUUGCGCUGAAGGAAGCAACAAGCAGCAUUACCAUUCGGAGAAGUGA